AUGGACCAGCACGGCUGCGGCGAGAACGACCCCAACGGCCCCGUCUUCGACCCCGUGCACGGCGUCUUCCACCACUUUUACCAGAUUCAUUUGGCCAUUCCUCCGGGCGGCGGCCCGGACUACGGCCACGUCGUCUCGAAGAAUUUGGUCGAGUGGGCGCCGCUGCCCGUGGCCAUCUGGAACGGCGUCGACGCGUCGAACGGCAAGCCGACGCCCUACGACGCGCGCGCCAUCUUCACGGGCAGCGCCGCCGUCGUCGACGGCGCGGGGCCCGGCGGCGCUGCCGGCGUCGUGCAGAUCUACCCCGGCCUGUGCGAGAAGGAGACCUGGGCCAACUGCUCCAGCGGCACGAACCUCGCGCUGGCCGUCCCCGCGGACUACGCCGGCGACGAGCUCCUCGUGCACUGGACGAAGCCGGGAUACAACCCCGUCGUCGAGAACACGCAGCGCGACCCCUCGACGCCGUGGAAGACGUCGGCGGGCGAGUGGCGCCUCCGGACCUACGACUCCAUGGUCUACGGCGCGGCCUCCGACGCGGCGUUCCUCGCGGGCGAAUGGUACACCAUCGGCAAGUCGGCGGACCUGCGCACCUGCGAGUGCCCGUCGCUCUACGAGCUGCCGCCUUCCACGCCGGGCUUCGAGGACUCGUACCGCGCCGGGCCGCUGCCGACGCACGUGCACAAGACGUCCUGCGGCGGCGACUGGUGGCAGCUCGGCACCUACGCGGAGGGCGCGCCGAGGGCGCUCGGCGGCUUCGCCGCGACGCCGGGCUGGGAGGCCGAGUUCGCGCAGCGCGAGAUCGACGUCGGCAAUUUCUACGCGUCCAAGGACGCGGACUACCCGUCCCUCGACGGCGCGCACCGCCGCGUCAACUACGGCUGGGCGACGGUGCCGCCGCAGUCGGCGCAGACGCUGCCCCGCGAGAUCACGUUCAACGCCGCGGCGCGCCUCCUCCAGCAGUACCCCGUCGACGAGAUCGCGAAGCUCCGCGGCGCCGCCGUCGUCGUCGACGACGAUGUCACCGUCGACGGGGCGCACGCGAUCGACGUGCCCGGCAACGUCACCAAGGCGUCCGAGCUGCUCGCGACCUUCGAGCUGCCUACGGUCAAGGCCACGCUCUCCGCGACCGUCGGCGAUCUCGAAUGUUCGGUCGACUACGACCCGGGCGCGGGCGGCGCGUACGCCGACCACGCCGUGCGCUGCGGCGGCAAGAACACGACGCUGCGCCUCCUCGCGACGGAGACGAGUCUCGAGAUGCGCAUCUUCGCGGACGCGACGUUCGCGGAGGUCUACCUCCAGCGCGGCCGCACGGCGAUCACGCUCGUCUCCGCGUUCAAGGACGACGCGACCAUGGCCCUCGGGGCGUCCGCGCCGACAAAGACGAACUUCAGCGUCUACCCGAUGAAGGCCAUCUGGGUCGACGAGGCCGCGGGCAUCAUGCGCGGCAACCAAAAGGUCUUCAACCGCGUCGCGGCCGACAUCGCCGGGCGCGGCCUGCCCGCCGGCGCGGCCGUCCUCGACCUCGGCGCGUCGGGCGGCGAGCCGAGCCUGACCAUCGCGAGAACGGCGAAGGACCUCCGCGUCGUGUCGACGGACUUCGCGCCGCCGAACAAGGCCAUCGGCGAGAAGCGCGCGAAGGCCUUCGGCCUCGCGGACCGCGUCGAGUUCCACACGACGGACGCGCAGGACCUCUCCGCCUGGGCCGACGGCGCCUUCGACGCGGCCGUGGGCACCUACGUGCUCAUGUUCACGCCCGACGUCGCCCAGGUCUGCUCCGAGGUCGCGCGCGUGCUCAAGCCCGGGUCGCCGCAACCGCCCGCCAAGGUCGACCUCUUCGGCAAGGGCCUCAUGGCGAUGGUCGGCGCCAUGCGCGAGUCCGGCGGUUUGCCGAUGCCCGACCCCGACGGCCCGCCGCCGACCAACCCCUGCAACCUGGCCGACGCGGCGCCCGACGGCCCGCUCGGCGACGCGCUGCGGGCCGCCGGCUUCGCGGACGUGACGGCGGAGGAGUGGACCUACCCGGUCUGCGUCGCGGGCAGGGACUUCGCGGACGUCGCGGCGCGCUUCAUCGAGGCGACGCCGUUCCACGGCCAGAUCCUCGGGUGGUCUGGACAGGGGUCUGGAAACUUUUCUCAUGGGCAAGAUUGUGGUUCCUUUCGUAUCUUCGCACUGGAAACUUUUCUCAUGGGCAAGAUUGCGCCGACGUCGACGGCGCACCCGGCCGUCGCCGGCGAUCUAGCCGAGUUCCUUUAA